CGCAGGUGUAUAGCAGUGUUGGGAGAACAAUAGCUUUUAUAAACACACACCUUGGUAUCCCUACAGAUGUCCCAGUCCUCAAACACUCUCUGAUUCAUUCGGAAAAAUGCUGCACUCGCAGAGCUCAGGCGGUGUUGUAUUUCAGUGUCGAUGUUGACUUUGGUGGAGAGGUGGCUGCCGAGGUAGUGGAAAUGGUCAACAUUUUCUAAUGUUACACCAUUAAGCUGUAUCUCUGGCAUUGGAGAGGGAUUGGCCGGUGAUUGCGGAACAGCACUUUGGUUUUCUCGAUGUUCAGUGACAGGCCAAGCUUUGUGUAUGCUUCUGCAAAGGUGUUUAGAGUGGCUUGUAGAUCUUCUUCUGAAUGCGCACAGACGACAUUGUCAUCAGCAUACUGGAGUUCUAGUAACAGAUGUGGUAACCUUGGUUUUGGCUUUUUCAUCACCAUUAUUAUGCUCAUUGGUGAUAUUCAUGGUUUCUGUGCCCAGAGAUUCAACCAUCCAUGGCUUUAAAACAUGCCCACAUGUAAACCUUGAAUUUUUUCUCUCUCUCCAGUACAUUAGUCAACUCACAGCAAACUAUUAGUUCUCACAAUGGAAACAACUGUGUUAAAUGAACCUACAUCACUAUGCUCCACUCCAGAAAGCAGUGGCCUGAAAAGCAGCAGCUCCUCAGAGAAACAGCCAAUGAGUUCAACCCUUAGAGAACGUUUGAAGAAAGCGAGGCGGUCAUUUCAUUCAUCUUUAAUUGUACCAAAGCGUCUAAAAAUAGAUGAAGAAAACAACUGCAGUACUUGUAAAGAAGAGUCUUUGUCUAAAGGAGAAACAUAUUGUAUAUCACAAAGCAAAGAUGAAGACUUGGGAAAAGUUCCUGAUGGAAGCAGUUGUUUGAAAAGUAGCAUGCAAGAGAGAGAUCUCUGUAUUUCUGAAUGUACUGGAUAUAGUAAGAAUGCACGGGGUUCUACAGAAGUUCUUUUGCUGGGAAAAGAUGGCAGGCCAUGGGAAUUGCUGGAAGAAAAGGCAACAUUGAUAAAAGAGGUCCAGGAAAAGGAGGAACUUCUUCGAAGGCUCAAACUGGUCAAGAUGUACAGAUCAAAGAACAACCCAACAGAGCUUCAGUCUCUGAUAUCAAAAUGGCGAAGCAGUUCUCAAGUGAUGCUAUAUGAACUACAAACAGCACUAGCUACAGAUAGCCAGAAAUUAAGUAUUACUCAGUUGAUAGACAACUUUGGACUGGAUGAUCAGCUGCUACAUUAUAACAGAACAGAAGAAGAUUUUACAGAUGCAGAAUAACACAUUUCUUGAUUUCAGCCUUGGAAAGAUAAACUUCUGUAUUGUAUGACUGGACUGCAGUAGAUACCACUUGGUUUUCAUAUGGAAAAAAUGUCUUUUUUGGUAAAACUGUUGCUUAAAAUGUGGAGAAAAUAUAUAUUUUCUGGUAAAAAGUGUCAUUUCAUCGUCACCAAUGAAAUGAUUAUUUUAAAAAGUUAUAAUACAUGCAAACUUAAAUUGUGCAGGGAAUUGGUGCACCUUUAAUUUCUUGUUGAAUAAGUGUUUGAUGUAAAACUAUGACAAGUAUAGUUUCUAAACAAUUUUUUCUCUUACAUUAAUUUAAAAAGGGAGAUCAGGAAACUGUGUGUAGAUUCCACACCCUUCUUUUUAUUAUUGAGUAUAAUUGUUUGUUUAUCACUAUUUAAGUCAAAUAUAAAGCCUGGAUUUUGCUCACUGGCUCAAUCAGUGGCACUUCAAUCAGUGGCCCUUUAUGGCUGCGGUAUACAAUUAAUGUUUAUGUUAUGCUGCCUAACUACUCAAAGACUGUGAGCAUCAAGAGGUGACUCUUGCCUACUCAGUACACUUUUCAAGACUCUUGUGUCCAGGUUCUGUAGUUGCAUGUUUUUGUCUUAAGCCUUCCCUACAAAGCUGCUUCUGUUCUCAAUCUAGUUCUUAUUUUGAUCUUUGAAAAGCAGGAGUGCUUGAUUCCAGCUGACAAAAUUCACGAUGACAAUAGGCAAUACUGACUCUUUAAAUUUAUUUUAUUGUAACGUACAUAGGUUUAAAACCAACUGCAGUUGAUCCAUAGAAUGGGAACUCAGUAAGUUAACAUUUAAGUUUGAUUCAGUGGAUCUACUUCAGUUGGAACCAGCAAUUGGAAUUAGGCCGUAUGAGAACCUAAAUGAAGUAGAAAACAUCUAUAAAGCUGCAGUAGUGCAGUGAGAUAUGAAGUGAUAUUAAAAAAGGGAAGAAAGACCUCACUUUCUUGCAGUCUCUUGUAA